UCUCUCUAUACACAGUUACACAUACACUGGACAUUUGAUCUACUACUCCUAGCUAGUUGUUCCCUUUUCCCUCUUCUAAAUGGCUGUUUUCCGUGCAACAAUACGCUACUUCGACUCUUUUCUCGUUUCUCUAUUGCCACUGGUGCUAUUUCUUCCGAAUUUUCAUCAAACAGAUGCACAAAUAGGGGUGUGCAACGGACGAUUGGGCAACAAUUUACCGUCCAGUCAAGAAGUAGUCCAACUCUACAAAUCCAACGGCAUUCGAAGGAUGAGAAUGUAUGCUCCCAACCCACAAGCUCUCCAAGCUCUCCGGGGAUCCGGCAUCGAGCUCGUACUUGAUGUCCCCAACAGCGAUCUCGAGGGUCUUGCUAACGACGACGGUGCCGCUGCAAGAAAGUGGGUCCAAGACAACGUCUUGAACUAUAAUCCAGAUGUCAAGUUCCGAAUCAUAGCCGUAGGGAAUGAGGUCAAUCCCAACAGCGGUGAAACGACUCGCCUUGCUUCGUUUGUGCUCCCUGCCAUGACAAAGAUCUACGAUGCAAUUGUCUCUGCUGGCUUGAAGGACCAAAUCAAGGUUUCCACUAUAACAUACUCGGCACUCGUAAGCAACUCAUUCCCUCCUUCUCAGGGCUCUUUUGAUGGCGCCUCGGGCUCAUUCAUGGGACCGAUCAUCAACUUCCUAAAGAACACCGACAACCCGCUACUCUUCAACAUAUACCCCUACUUCGGCUACAUUGGAGAUCAACUAAACGUGCCUCUAUCGUUUGCCCUUUGCACAGCAACAGGAGGUUUCCUGAUACAAGAUGGUCAGUUCCAAUACAGGAACCUCUUCGAUGUCAUGUUGGACGCUGCCUACUCUGCCGUUGAGAAGGCGGGCGGACCCAAAGUGGAAAUCGUUGUGUCAGAGAGCGGAUGGCCGUCUGCGGGUGGCUCUUCUGCUUCGGUGGUGAAUGCAGGGGCUUAUUAUGGGAACCUUAUCAAUCAUGUGCAAGGAGGGAGUGGGAGUCCAAAGAGGCCUGGGAGGGCAAUUGAGACUUAUUUGUUUACCAUGUUUGAUGAGAAUCAGAAGUCUGGAGCCGAGAGUGAGAAACAUUUUGGGCUUUUCUCACCCAACAAGCAACCCAAAUACCAAAUUCCCCAAAACACAUGGUCAACAAUACCCCUGGUCGAAUCCCUCGUAUUAUACUGUACCAUUUGACUGGCUUGAGGCUAUGGGGACUGAAAGUGAAAUGGGGUGUUUUGUACUAUAUCUGGUGCCAUUCAAAAUUGUGUCUUCACUCAUGUGAGUUGGGACCGAUUUCUUGUCCACUUUAAUGUCUCCCAAUCCCCUCCAGCUUCCAGCUUUGAAGGUUUGUAUUGAAUCAAAUAAUUGAUCGCAAUCGUUCAUUUUGUAGUACCCAUUGAAGGGAUUGGUCAAUUAACCGUGUUUGUGCAUGAAAAAGGGGAAACCGAAUUGGGUUUAAAACUUCAACCGUCCA